CUCCCUCCCUCCCUCUCAUUUCUAUAAAUGGGGAGAGCCACACUACAGACUCAAUAUCCUUCACUCAAUAGAGUUAUCUUCCAAUUAAAGAGUCUUUCCCAAGUGCAUUGUCCGAUUCUCUAAGUUGUUAAGGAAAAUGGCUUCCUCCAAGGUUUUUCUUCUUCUCGGUCUCGCCUUUGCUGUUGUUCUCCUGGUCUCAGCUCGUGAGCUCGCUGAGACUACUCAAACCCAGGAGGCUGUACAAACUGACUCUGUGGAGGAGGCCAAGUAUGGUGGCCACGGGUACGGCCACGGCUACGGACACGGCUACGGACACGGCCACGGUCACGGACACGGACACGGUAAACCAGGUCAUGGUGGUCACCCAGGACAUGGUGCUGCUGGCGAAACUGAAAACGACCAAAACUAGACAAACCCCUUAUAUAUGGUGUCUGCAUGGAUGUGUUAAGUAAUAAGAUGUACUAGUAAUAUAUCUAAGCUUGUAUGCCAAUAAGGUCGCCGGAUGUCUGUAGGUCAUGUAUAAGCUUUAUCUUUGUACUUUUGUCGUAUUUCCUUCUGCUUUUUAUUGUUAAUCGUAACGUGCUUAAUCCUAAAUCUUGGUGUCAGAAUGUCU